AUUCCUUUUGCUUUUCAUUGUUUCGGGUUGCACUCCAACUUCUCGGCCUCGCUUUCAAAAUAACCGACCAAAACUUUCAUUCACUUACCAUUCAUUUAUCUAGGGCCUUUUUUAGUCCUCAACGCUCUUUUACCUUUCCUUCCCGAUUAACUCACUUCGUCGGUCAUCAUGUCGACGCUCCCCAUCACCUCCAUUCUCCAUUCGCUGCAGCACCAACGAAAGUCACUCAAUCAUAGAGCUACUUCUCUGGCUCUCAUCAGCCUUAUCGUUGUGUCAUUUUACAUCUUUUUUGUAGCAAGGCCUUCAUUAGACCUUGCUCCAAUAGCACUUCGGACCGACGCUCUCGGUCACGCAGGCACCCAUGGAUCACAUCAACAAGACAGAGACGAUCCUCCACCCUCGUCUAGACUAUUCCGUCUACCUUCGAAUAGCCAAAGAAAGACAGUCGUCACCAAUGUCAACCGUCCCCAAAUAGAAUUGGACGAGUCGCAAGAGCUAGCAGCAGUAGCCGCUUUCAUAGCAGCACUACCACAGAACAUGAUUCCACGUUCGAUAGACCCAGCCAAACCUAUUGACCCCCAACUUGUACUUGACUUCGACACUCGUAGUCCACGCGCCGCAGACGAAUUAAAUCAGAUCGUGCAAGACGUGUGGUCGAGAUAUCCUGUUAUGUUGUUCACCAAGGCUCACAAUGCACAUUCUAGGGAAAUAAGACGCAUCAUUGCAGUUAUGGACUUACAACCGCCUCCUAUGACUUUUGAAGUUGAUCAACGAGAGGACUCAGAAGUUUUGAUCCCUUUGUUACAUCGUCUCACAUCUUCGACCGAUCUUCCCCUCAUGCUUAUUGGGGGCAAGUCCGUUGGCUCCAUAGCUGCCAUCCGCGAGCUUAAUGAGUCCGGCGAACUGCAUCGGUUGAUUACCAAUGCUGGUGCGGUCCUUGACGGCAGAAAGAAGAAGAAAGUGCACUGAAGGACAAUACUUUCCGAUCGGACUUUUCCCAUCACUUCCGAAAACGACCUAACGACCGGCAUGACCUCCCAGCGAUCGUAUGAUCCAAAACUUUCAUGCAAAUGUACAUACCACAUCGGAUAAUCCCAGGUGGAUGGAUACUCAAGCGCUAUUACAUUGCCACAAAUCUCCAACUCUUGUCCCUCGUUUAUUUCUCGUGGUGUUAUAGCCGGAUUAUUAUAGCUCGCUUUGCUUCUUGCUUUCUUUUGCAUAAUGGACGCCAUCAACAGAAUUACCCACAACCAUAGAGACAUUGAUGGAUUUUUUUUAAGUAAUUUUUCUUGUAUCUACCGUUGUACGUGUAUACGUAGAGGCCAAACAGUACUUAGUAACUGUUCUAGUUUACAUGUACAUACACAACGGGGGAUGCGUUCAGCACGCAGACAAUCAAUUCAAUGAUUGAGCUUUUCUUUUU